UUCGUCUCCAUUACUGCAUGUGUAUAUAUAAUGAUGAUCAAUGCGUCAGCCUGCCAGCAAAUCAAGUCGGGCGUCGUGGGCCUCAUCGGGCCAGCUGACCCAUUCCUGGGCUCCCACACGCACUCCAUUUGCGUGGCCAUGGGUGUGCCGCACCUCCAGGUCCGACCCUAUCACGAAUCCAGUGCCUCCAUGGAUGCGCAUCGUAGCACAGGUCCCACGCCGUAUGACGACGGAUCCGGGUUCCGACCCCCGGCCCAGCCAGCAGUGAACCUGUACCCACCCAAUGUCGUGUUGACCCGAGCCGUGACUGACCUCAUGAGUUUCCUCAACUGGACCCAGGCAGCAGUGUUGUACGAGGACGAUUUUGGUCUCAUCAAGUUCCAAGACCUUGGCCAACCCGAGGCUGGCACCCCGAACCUGGGUGUCGUCCGACGGCCGCCCGACAUCUACCUGCGACAGGGAGUGCCGCCGUUUUACCGCUCCGCCCUCAAGGACAUCAAAAACCGCCGCAUCUUCAACAUCGUCGUCGACACCAAGAGCCAGUACAUGAAUGGCUUCUUGCGAGCAAUUCUACAACUGCAAAUGAACGACGACCGCUACCACUACGUGUUUACUUCUUUUGAUGUGGAGACAUUUGAUCUGGAGGACUUCAAGUACAACUAUGUGAACAUGACAGCAUUCCGCCUGGUGGACAGUGGUGAGCGACAUGUGCGCAACACAUUGCGGGACAUGGAGGAGUACCAGCCCUUUGGCAACCCUCUGCUCAAUAGGACAGGCGUCAUUGAGGCUGGCCCAGCCAUGAUAUACGACAGCGUCUUUGUGUUGGCCCAUGGGCUGCAGGCCAUGUUCCUCACACACUCUCUGACAAGCAGUGCUGUUGGAGGCAACCCAUUCACUGGACACAAGCGUCAACAGCAGCAACAACAACAAAAGCCCAUGAUGACAAUGACAACGCUGCACUCAAAUGCAUCCUGUUGGGACAAGAGAUCCUGGAACCUGGGCCAUGAAUUGUUCCGCCAUGUUGAUGGUGUCAAGUUUCAUGGACUCACUGGACCCUUGGAGUUCAGUGGUGGCAAAAGAAAGGGUCUAAAAUUUGACCUGCUCAAGCUGCGUCAGGAGAAGCUUGUCAAAGUCGGGGAAUGGCGUGAAAUAGCCGCCACAACCAUGACGACCAGCACCAGUGGCGGCGGCGACGAGCAGCGCACAUGGGCGCCAGGCAUCACACUGACUGAUGAAAAUGUGUUUUAUGAAGGCCGAGCCCCGAAUGUCACACUGCGGGUCACUACAAUUCUUGAAGUGCCAUAUGUGAUGCUGGAAGACGACCACAUGAACCGGACAGGGAAUGCCCGUUACAAGGGCUUCUGCGUCGACCUGCUCAAGCUCAUCUCCAAGCUGCAGGGUUUUGACUACAAGAUCCAGCUGGUCAAGGAUGACAAAUACGGGGUCUUCCACCUCGAGACCAAGGAGUGGGAUGGCAUCGUCAACGAGCUCAUCCAAGGGGAGGCAGACCUGGCUGUGGCAGCCAUGACAAUCACUCAUGCAAGAGAAAAUGUCAUUGACUUCACAAAGCCAUUCAUGAACCUUGGCAUAUCCAUCCUCUUCAAGGUGCCAACGAGUCAACCAACGCGGCUCUUUUCCUUCAUGAAUCCGCUGGCCAUUGAGAUCUGGCUCUACAUCAUGGCGGCCUACGUGCUCGUGUCCUUCACCAUGUUCGUCAUGGCUCGCUUCUCACCAUACGAAUGGAACAAUCCGCAUCCGUGUCGCUCUGACGUCGACGUCGUCGAGAACCAGUUCUCGGUGUCCAAUUCCUUCUGGUUCAUCACUGGCACACUGCUCAAGCAGACUUCUGGCUUGUCCCCCAGGGCAGCUUCCACUCGGAUUGUCGGCGCCAUCUGGUGGUUCUUCACCCUCAUCAUCAUCUCAUCAUACACAGCCAAUCUAGCUGCUUUCCUCACAGUUGAGCGCAUGAUCACGCCGAUCGAAAGUGCCGAGGACCUCGCCGAGCAGGACAAUAUCGACUACGGAACACUCUACGGAGGCUCAACCAUGACCUUUUUCAGGGAUGCACAGUUGCCAACGUACCAGAAGAUGUGGACCUUCAUGAACUCUCGCAAGACCAGCGCAUUCGUCAACACCUACGAAGAGGGCAUCAAGCGGGUACUCAAGGGAAACUAUGCGUUUCUCAUGGAGUCAACAACCCUGGACUACAUUGUGCAACGCAAUUGCAACCUCACGCAAAUCGGCGGGCUGCUUGAUUCCAAGGGCUAUGGCAUUGCGACACCAAGAAGCUCCCCCUGGAGAGACAGGAUCUCACUUGCAAUCCUUGAGCUUCAGGAGAAGGGCACAAUCCAGAUGCUCUUCAACAAGUGGUGGAAGAACACAGGUGACACCUGCCACAGGGAUGACAAGAACAAGGACUCCAAGGCAAAUGCCUUGGGCAAGUCCAACAUAGGUGGAGUCUUUGUUGUCCUUCUCUCUGGGCUGGCGCUUUCACUUAUUGUUGCACUCCUGGAGUUCUGCUGGGUUUCCAAGAAGAAUGCUGAGUCUACCAAGCAACCGAUGUGUCGAGAAAUGAUGUCCGAGCUCAAGUUCGCUAUGCGAUGCUCGGCUUCUCGUCAGCGCCCAACAUUGCAUCGCACCUGUUCCCGGUGUCUGCCGACGUCCACGUAUGUGCCGGCCUCUCUCGACCCACAACAGGAAAAUGGACUUAUGCCAAUGUUUGAACUGCACAGGUCUUCACUUGUCAACUAUGACCUGCAGGACAGCACCUGAAUGUUCCAUCCAAAAGGCUAAAACCAUGAAUGAAUGGAAAAAUAUGAAAUGGACUUCAUCCACCAUGCAGAAGACAUUCAACUCAGAAUUUCUGCCAUGAUUGAAAGUGUGCGACUUGAUUGGUUUUAUUCCUUCCACUCCAAUUGUGUGUUGCCUGUCUUCCCUGCUGUGUUUUGCUUCUGAAAUCCUUUUAAAUGGUGGGAUUUUUGUGGUCUCUAUGUGUAUAUAGUUACCAAGCUCAUCAGAUUGUUAUGACUGGAAUCUGCAAAGAAGUCAGUUUGAAAACCAGGGAUUGUCAGUUUUUUUCUUAAAUGUUUAUGUUGCAGGUAAUGCUGCUGACAGAGAUUUUGAAUAAGGUUUCCUGCUGCUGGUUGAGUUUAAAAAAUGAAGGUACAUAAAUGGGAUGCAUAAAGUACUGUACCAAUUGCAUCAUAUACAGUUGACUCAAACUAUCUUCAUGUUGGAAACCUCCCAUGUAAAUUGUAAAAUAAUUCUUGAAACCAUAUUGAAUUUGAUCCAAGAUUCAAGUACAGUAUAAUAAACCCCACCAGCAAGUCAAAAACUUUCCAGCUAAAACCUCCAUAAGUCCAUAUAUAGCUAAAUUUCGGGAGUUCUUAGGGAUAUAAUCAUAUUCUUGAUGCUCAGAAAAGUGAGAAGCAAUAAAAAUGUGGCAAUGUUUUGCAAAAAGAAGUGAGUGACUGAAGUAUAGAUGAG